AUGAAAGCGAUCGUGAUCUCGGAGCCAGGAAAGCCUGAGGUUCUGCAAUUGCGAGAAGUCGAUGACCCACAAGUGAAAGACGACGAGGUUCUGAUCAGGGUUCACGCCACCGCUCUGAAUCGCGCCGAUACUCUCCAAAGACUCGGCCUUUACAAUCCACCACCUGGCUCAAGCCCUUAUCUUGGUCUCGAGUGUUCUGGAACCAUCGAAUCUGUCGGAAAGAGCGUUGUAUCUCGUUGGAAAGUCGGAGACCAGGUGUGUGCUCUUCUUUCUGGAGGAGGUUACGCGGAGAAAGUUUCUGUUCCCGCUGGUCAAAUCUUCCCAAUUCCCGUCGGUAUCUCGCUAAAAGAUGCAGCGGCUUUCCCUGAAGUGGCAUGUACAGUUUGGUCAACUGUCUUCAUGAUGGGCCGUCUCUCAGCUGGUGAAUCGUUCUUGGUUCAUGGAGGUUCUAGUGGGAUUGGUACAUUUGCAAUUCAGAUCGCUAAACAUCUAGGAGUGAGAGUAUUUGUCACUGCAGGGAAUGAGGAAAAGCUAGCUGCUUGCAAAGAUCUCGGGGCUGAUGUUUGUAUAAAUUACAAAACCGAAGACUUUGUCGCAAAGGUAAAAGCGGAAACCGAUGGGAAAGGUGUGGAUGUUAUAUUGGACUGCAUCGGGGCACCGUAUUUGCAGAAAAACCUUGACAGCUUAAACUUCGAUGGAAGGUUAUGUAUUAUCGGUUUAAUGGGAGGGGCAGUUGCAGAAAUAAAACUAAGUAGCCUACUUCCAAAGCGUCUCACCGUCUUAGGAGCUGCGUUAAGACCAAGAAGCAAGGAAAACAAAGCAGUUGUUGUAGCGGAAGUCCAGAAGAACGUUUGGCCAGCGAUAGAAGCAGGGAAGGUAAAACCAGUGAUCUACAAGUACUUACCAUUGUCAGAAGCGGCAGAAGCUCAUAGUCUUAUGGAGAGUAGUAACCAUAUUGGUAAAAUUCUGCUUGUGACUUGA